ACAAAUAGAUCUGUAGAAUACACUCUUAUAUGGUCCCGCAGCUGCUGGAAUGAAUGGUCCCCCCCUUAAAAUUUUCCUACUGUAGAUGAGGCCUAAAUGCUUCUUGACAACGAAGAGCAGGGAAAUAAUAAAACAAUUAUAUACGCUGUCCAGAAAACUAGUAAAUCACUCCUCCUGCAAAGUAUAUUCGCGCACAUAAAUACAUAGAGUUGCUAAUAAUAGAAACCCUAAACCCAGAAAAAUGGAACCACCACCAGCACCAGCACCACCUUCCGCCCCCAGCCUCUCUCUCGCCUUGUCUGCUGCGGGCUCUCCGACAGCGGCGGAGGAGGAGAAGGAGGAUCAUCGCGGGGCGGACGUGAAGCUGUUCCCCUGCCUGUUCUGCAACAAGAAGUUCCUGAAAUCGCAGGCGCUGGGGGGACACCAGAACGCGCACAAGAAGGAGAGGAGCGUCGGCGGCCUGCAGUCCGACCUCGACCUCUACCUCCCUCCUGCAUACCCGACGGCCGGGCCGACCGCCUUCCAGCUCGCCUCCCAUUCGUGCCGAUCGGCGCCGCCCGCGUACGACGGCGGCAGCUCGUGCUUCUGGGGCUACGCCAACAGCUCCUACGCCGCCGCCGGCGGCACCGCCCGCUUCGCCGCCCACCUGCCGCUGCUCGCCUCCGUCAGCUCCAACCGCGCAAUGUCCGCCGCCGCCGACCCCCCCGUCGGCCCCGACGAGCUCUUCGAUCUCCUCAACUGGCAACGCGGCUCCCACCACCACCACCACCACCCCCACCACUCCAACGUCGACCCAUCCCUCCCACCACCACGCCAAAACCAACACCAACACCAACAAAAUAGUAGUGAGGAUGAGCCCGAGCUCGAUCUCACAUUAAGACUCUAAUAAUAUAUAAGCUAGCUAAGUUGUUUUCCUUUUGUUUGUUUUUUUGUUUUGUUUUGUUUUUUGGUUUGGUGGGGAUGGGGAGGAGAGGGGGUUC